AUGGAACCUCGUAGGACGCUGCUGUUGAUAAGUAAUUUAUUUAUAUUGAGCCAUUUGGCUAUGACUGCGAAAAGACGUCCAGUUCUUCGAAAUUCCCAGCAAUCUGUGAAAAUCGGGCAUGAACACUAUAUCAAGACAUCAGAAUGUCAUAUUCCCUAUAUCCCGCAACAAAUGAAAAAUAUAAAAAAGAGCACAAAGAAAUACAAAAUAUGCGCGACAGAUGAUAAUUUGAUAAGCAUUCGAUUCGAAGAGAAAAUCCAGCAAUAUGUAUUGCAUGUAAACGAUAAAGUUGCCCAAUUGAAACUAAGGGCUAUGGAGGAGAAGUCCAACUUAGUGGGAUACAAUUGCACCUAUCGUGAGAUCAGAAGGGUGAAUAGAAAUCUUACUGCCGACUCACCUGUUGUGUUAAACGAGGAAAUUGCUUUUUCGGAUGGCUAUGCGGUGCCCCGUAAUAUCGAGGGCCUGAAAGCCGCCUGCCGAAAUGAACUGGAAGAAAUUCUGCAAUCGGACACUUUUGCCCUUGUACAACCUCUUAAGACUUAUACCCCUCUUAUUUCGUGGCAUCGCAGACCGAAUGUUAUUAUGAUUGGUAUCGAUGGCAUUUCCCAAGUCGACUUUCGUCGCAAUAUGCCCGGAAUAUUUAAAGAACUGAGAAAUCAAGGCUGGUUUCAGAUGGACGGAUACUCAAGAGUGGGUAAUGAUAGCCUGGCAAAUUUAAUGGCUGUAAUAACAGGCUACAAUCCUCAUUCUUGGAUGAAUCUCAAGUGCAAAUCAAGUAGAGUAAAAGGUUGCAUUAAGACAAUGCCGUUGAUAUGGAAGCGUUUCAAAAAGAAAGGCUACACUACUGCCUAUGGCGAGGGCAUGUCCGAUUUGACCCUGUUCGAUCUGGACAAGUUGGGUUUUUUUGAAGAUCCCAUGGAUUUCUACGCUCGACCUUUUUCCAAGCUAAAAGAAAAGCAAGACUGCAUUGACAGACGUUUAAGUACCAAGUAUAUUUUUGACUAUUGUGAGCACUUUCUAAGGAGACAUGCAAAAACACCAAGGCCAUUAUUUGGACUUUUCCUUGGCAACAGUAUAAACCACGAGCGAUCUUAUGCUAAUGAUAAAAUGCAGUCUGAACUGUUGGAAAACGUGAAGAAACUAAAGAAAAUGGGCGUUCUCACCCAGUCAAUUGUGAUCCUCUUCAGCGAUCAGGGACCCUUGCGAAAGGGAAAUAACAGCGACUUCCUGGAGGAAAGUCUUCCCAUUUUGUUCAUUUGGCUGCCACCGUGGUUUCGGUCAUUACAUCCGGAAAUAGUUCAGGGCCUGCGGAUCAAUAGAAAUCGGCUGACAUCCCCCUACGAUCUUCAUAUCACUUUACAACACCUGUUGGAACUGGGAGAACGUUGGCCUCGGGCGGUGGACAAACUAGUGGAUUGUCCCACCUGUCAGACUCUUUUUGCUCCCGUGCCCGAGAAUCGUACCUGUUCGGAUGCCGGAAUAGGAGAAUCGUACUGCCCCUGUGAUAGCUACAAGCUGCUAAACACCAAGCAGGUUAAACAAUUGUCCCUGGGAAAGCUACUCGUUCGCAGCAUCAACAAUUUCCUGAACCAUCACAAUUUGCAGGAACUUUGCUCCAAUCUCACACUGAAAGCAGUCAAACAGGUGCUGCAAAGAAAGGAUGCAAAAUUAUCAGGUAGCAGUGGCACCUAUCGAGUGGAUUUUACUGCCAGCCCGAAUAAUCCCAGGUUCUCGGCUACCACUCGAUACAAUCACAAGCACCAAAAGCUGGAAUACAUAAAUGUUGAGUCCAUAAAUCGAUUGAAUAACUAUCGAAGUGAUUCCGACUGCAUGCGAAGAUUACGAGGCAGGAAGUUUUGUAUUUGCCACAACCGAAUAGUAAUGGGUAAAUCCCAGACAAAAGAUAUUACGAACAAGAAAAAAGUAGAUGAUAAUUUAUACGAGUUACCGGAUAUGGAGCCCGAAAUCAACCAAGAUAUUGAAAUUAUCUCGGUUUAA